AUGAAGGAUAUCCGAAGCUGCAGUAAUGUAUCAUUAAGAAGAAAACGGAAAUAUAUCGAGGGUGAAUCUAAAAAGUCCUUGAAUUUAAUAAAUAGACAUAAUAAUGAAAAUAUUGUUAGUAAACCUAAGAGGAGAUCAAUAAGUUUGUCAAACGCAUAUUUUAGUGUAAACUCUUUUUCUAUUUAUGACUCAUUAAAUUUUAUGAAUAAUAAUGGAAUUAAGGGAGUGAAGAAUGAAGAAGAAAUUGGAAAAGUAGAAAAGAAGGGGGAGGAAAACGACGCUAACGAUAAAAUAAGACAAUAUAAAAAUAAUGAUAUACGAAAUAACAGUAAUACGGAAAGUAAAGUAAAUAAAAAGGAUAUAAAAAACUCUAUAAAAUACUUAGAGGGAAGAAAAAUAAAUAAAUUAUUAUUUAAAAAAAUUGUAUUCAAGAAAGCAUUUUUUUAUAAAAUGAGAUGUCUUAAUCAUAAUUCGGCGUGGUUAUUGGAGCUAUCGAAAGGUAAAAAGGAAAUCCUAGAAUUGGGUGGGAAAAAAAGAAGAAAAAAUAAAAUUAAAUUUUAUAGUAAGUACAAACAAAAUGAUGCGGUAAUGAACUGCUUUAGGGAAAAAAUAAAAAGUGAGUCAUCUAUCAAUGAUGUUAUACUCAUGAAACCAUUUUCGUUUUAUCGAAAAUUCAUUUACUUGUUUUACCAAAAAAAAUAUAAAGAAGCAUAUCUUAUGUUGAUAAAAAUAAGUUCAUAUUGUGUUUUUUUUUCUUUAAAAGAAAGAAAUAUUUUAAAUGAAAACUAUUUUAAAAAUAAUUAUUAUAAUUUAUAUUAUUUAGUGAAUUUGACAAAUGAAUUUCAAAAAUUUAAAGUGUGUGAUCAUGAUGCAGAAUCAAAGGAAAACUGUUCCACACUCAGAAAAAAUAUAAAGUAUGGAUCUUAUUCUUAUCUUUUCGAUAAAAGCAAAAAUAAAACAGAUCAAACCAGGUUAGUUUUUCACGUUUUACCAAAGAAAAAAAAUAGUAAUAGAAGAGGAAAUUUUAUUAAUAAGGAUAAAAUAGCAGCUUAUAAUUUUAAUAUAAAAGUAGAAGAAAAACAUAAUUUUUUUGUAAAUUACAAAUUUUAUAGAUAUGAAAACGGUGUUAAUAAUUUGGGAAAAAUGAUUCUCAGACGAGAUUCAUUUUUGUUACAUAAAGUAAGGAAGAUGGUAAAAGGUGAUAAAAUGGACAACGCAAAUAAUAAAAUUUCUUAUGAGGAUAGAAAAAAUGAUAGGAUUGUGGGAAAUAUAAUAAACAAAGAAAAUGAAAUAGACGAUAUGAAAUAUAAUUUAGGUAAAGAUACAAGUAAAUUUUUGAUAAAAAAUAAUAUCAAUUAUAAUAAUGAAACAGAUAAAUUAAUGAAAGAAAGGAAAGAAAAAACAGUUUCCUUUUUUAAAGAAAAUAAUUAUUACUACAAAAAAUUAAAAACGAAAAUGAGAGUCGAUGCUCGAUUGAUAUUAUUUCUUAAAAUGUUAUGUUUGUAUAUGUAUGGUAAUUCAUUUGGUAAAACUCGUAAAGCAAAUGAAACAAAUAAUUAUUAUUAUAGAGAAAUUUUAAAGACAAUGGAAAUACAGUACACUGAGGUAACAAGCAACAACAUGCUGCAUGACUAUUAUAGUAGUAACUGCUCAAAUGAUAAAAUGCAUAUAAAAGAAGCAGUAAGAAAAGAGAUUUUGAAAUAUAUGAUAAUAUAUUUAAAGAAGGUAAAAAAGGAAAUAAAAUUCGACACAUAUUUAUAUUUAUUACUAAGUGUUAUAUGUCGUGAUUUAAGAAUGUAUAAAAAAUGUGUACUUUAUGCUAGAAAGAGUAUUGAGAAAGAUUAUUUCAAUUUUGUGAGCUGGACAUAUUUUAAUAAUAUAGUUUCUAUAGAAAUAAUUAUCCAAGAAAAUAUGGAGAAGGAAAGAAAAUUUAAAUUAAGAAACAAAAAAAAGAUAUCUGAAAAGAGAAAAACAAAAAAAACUAAUAAUAAAAAUUUUAAUAUGAAACGGAAAAAGGAAAAUAAAACAACCACAAAAAAUGCAGAUAUUUUAAAAGGGAGGAAAAAAUUAAUAAAAAAAAAUAUAAAUUUUUUAGAAAACUCUAAUAAAAUAAAAAGAAUGUGCAACUAUUUAUUUGGAAAUGAAUUUUUUUCUUUAUAUGAAAAGCCAAACAUGGAAAAUAUCAUGAAAAAUUAUAAUGACUACAUUUAUAUUAACCCUUUCAUGAAUAUUAAUAAGUCUUUUUUUUUUAAAAAUAAUUAUUUUAUAAGCAAGAUAUUUACCGAUUUGGAGAAUAAAAAUGGGGGUUUGAGAGGAGAGCGAAAUAUAGACAAUAAGCAAAGUAAUUCCCCCCAAAAAAUAGAUAAUAAAAUCGAUAUGAAUGAGCACUAUUUAAGGAGAAAUAAAAUGGAGAAACUAUCGAAUGUUUAUUUUCUGAAAAAAUAUGAAAUGUACAAAAAAAGAUAUAAUUUCAAAAAUAACAUAAUGACGCUAUUUGGAUUUGCACAUUUUUGCUCGCUUAAUAGUACACUACAUAAAUAUUCUAUAUAUUCCUAUGAAUAUUUGCGAAAAAUACUUGGAAAUAAUUUAUACAUAUUGAGUGAGCUAGGAAAACUGUAUUAUUACAGUGGGAAGAUAAACAAAAGCAUGAAAUGUUUUAGAAGGGUAAAAAAAAUAUGCAAUGAAAAUAAAAAUUUAAAAAACAAAUUUACUGAAAAAUAUUUUGUUCUAUAUUUAGAAGAAAAACAAAGAAAAAGGAAGAACCUUUCAGAAAGUGAACAAAAUGAAGUGAGCCAAGGUGGAAAUUUGGAAAAUGAAAUAAAUUUCAAAGAGGAAGCUUUUAAUGGAGAUUACGACACUGAUAUUAGUGGCAACAUUAGAAGGCGAAAUACCAUCGAAAUAAUUACCCCUAAAAUAUAUAAAAUUAUAAAAAAAAUGUGGAUUCCUAACUAUUUUACAAAUAUAUUUAUUUAUAUGGAAUUACUGGUAAACAUAUAUUAUCUUAAAAAAGACGCAUCAAAACUUUUUAUUAUUUUAAAUAAGUAUGAAAAUAGCAAAAAAAAGAGUAAAUGCUUAUACAUUUCUCGACAAAAAAAUGAAAAAAUGAUAAAAAAUAAAAUAUGGGAUGAUAAAUUUUAUUACAGUCUUGGUAAAUAUUAUUCAUUGAUAAAAAAUUGUCAAAUGGCUAUUUAUUAUUUCAAAAAGUCAAUAAAAAAAAACAAUUUUCACUUAUAUUCUUACUUAUGUUUAGCAAAGGAAUAUUUUUCAUGUGGAAACCUAAAUAGUUCCAUUUUCAUAUUGAUAAAGCUACUUAGUUUAUAUAUGAAUAAUUCAAAUGCAUGGUUUAGUCUAGGUAAAUGUCUAGAGCGUAAGAACAAUUAUGAUUUGUCUAUUUUUUCUUAUAAAAAUGCUAUUUAUUUUAGAAAGAAUAACGUUUUCUAUUAUUUUUUGGCUAACAUUUAUUUUAAAACAGGACAAAUAAAAAAUUGCAUAGGCAUAUUAAAAUCUGCAUGGAGGCACAAUAAAAAUUUUGUGUUUUCAUCUAUGUUGUUUGGUAUAUAUUUAAAAAAGAAAAAAGGGAAUGUUUCUUUGCAAAACGAGGAUCUAAUUUUAGAAGAACAUUGGAAAAUAACUGAUAAAUGCCAUGUAUGGUGUGUUAGAUUUUUAAAAGAUUAUUUUAAAAAAUUAAGAAACAAAUAUUGUAUGAUGCAACUUUUUUGUGAGAACAAACGAGAGCAAUAUAAUUUUUAUGAGAUGUUAUUAUCACUUUUUAAUUUGAACAAGCCUUCGAUAAAGCAUAUACAAUCAGUUAAUUUUUUGAGUUAUUUUAAUAAAUAUUAUGAACAAAAUUCAAGUUAUUUUUAUUUAAUACGUACUUUGAAGCAUUCAUCUUUAAUUUUAUACGACGGAAUAUAUUAUUUAGCCAAUUAUUUUCUUUUUAAUAAAAAAAUAAAAAAUGCUUUAAUAUUAUUUAAAAUUUUAUGGGAUGCAGGAGGACCUUAUUCGAAGACAUCUUUUCAUUCAUUUAAACAUGGGCAUUAUUUAUUGAAGAGGGAUGUAUGA